CAAGAAUAUGGGGCCGUCGGCGUGUCUUUGCACAUCGGGAUCUCAUUAGUCUCCCUGGGCAUAUUUUACAUGGUUGUUUCAAGUGGCGUGGACAUGUCUGCCAUCCUGCUGAAGCUCGGAUUUCAAGAGUCGCUGGUGCAGUCCAAAGUGGCCGCGGGCACCAGCACCUUUGUGGUGGCCUACGCCAUCCACAAGCUGUUCGCACCAGUGAGAAUCAGUAUCACCUUAGCUUCCGUGCCCUUUAUUGUCAGGUAUUUUCGGAAAGUGGGAUUUUUUAAACCUCCAGCUGCAAAGCCUUAACGAACUCUUCAGUGGUGGGCCUGAAAAACUCCUUCUUUUCAGUUACACAUGUUUUAUUGGUUUUAGGGGUGUAGGGGCCUUGUUUUGGUGGGGGGCAAAGAGCAGGGGAUAAUCGCUAUGUUGUUAUCGAUAAGUUUUGCUUUUGCUAGCAAAAUUCAGGUCUUUGAAUAAUUUUGUUGCUUUAUACAUUUUGUUAGUGUUUUCAUCAUGGGGCUUGUGUGCAUAUUCUAAAAUGUCAGUAAAACAUC